AUGUUCUUUCACGUUCAGAAUAGAAUUCACACAGGGGAGAAGCCAUUUUCUUGUUUAGAAUGUGGGAAAUCUUUCUCACGCAAAUCAUAUCUUACUGUACAUCAGAGAUAUCACACAGGGGAGAAGCUAUUUUCUUGUUUAGAAUGUGGGAAAUCUUUCUCACAGAAAUCAUAUCUUACUAUACAUCAGAGAAUUCACACAGGGGAGAAGCUAUUUUCUUGUUUAGAAUGUGGGAAAUCUUUCUCACAUAAAUCAAAUCUUACUGUACAUCAGAGAUAUCACACAGGGGAGAAGCUAUUUUCUUGUUUAGAAUGUGGGAAAUGUUUUACUGAUAAAUCAACUCUUGUUAGACAUCAGAGAAUUCACACAGGGGAGAAGCCAUUUUCUUGUUUAGAAUGUGGGAAAUCUUUCAUAAAUAAAUCAAAUCUAGUUGCACAUCAGAGAAUUCACACAGGGGAGAAGCCAUUUUCUUGUUUAGAAUGUGGGAAAUCUUUUAUAAAUAAAUCACAUCUAGUUGCACAUCAGAGAAUUCACACAGGGGAGAAGCUAUUUUCUUGUUUAGAAUGUGGGAAAUGUUUUACUAAUAAAUCAAGUCUUGUUAGACAUCAGAGAAUUCAUACAGGGGAGAAGCCAUUUUCUUGUUUAGAAUGUGGGAAAUCUUUCCCACGGAAAUCAUAUCUUACUGUACAUCAGAGAUAUCACACAGGGGAGAAGCCAAUUUCUUGUUUAGAAUGUGGGAAAUCUUUCAAACAUAAAGCAAAUCUUGUUAAACAUCAGAGAAUUCACACUGGAAAGAAGUGAUUUUAUUGUUCAGAAUGUGAUAACUAGAGAUGAGCAAACUUUUGAAAAAUUAAUUCUGCAGCUUGGUCAAAGUUCAACAAGAAAUUUGAUUUGUUCCGAAUUAAUUUGUCACGGAUCAAUAGGUUAAAACCCCAUUUAGCCUAUCAAUCAAUGAGACCAUUUUUAACU